UUAAGCAUGGCUGUCUAGCGUGCCUGUCACUCCUAUUGUCCUUCCAAACUCUUGCAGACAUUUUGAGCGAGGAGUGUUAAAGCUAUGAGUUAGCGAGGGUGUGACAUCAAUGGUCCACAAAGGCAGCCCGCAGGAAAGGUAAAGAUGAGGACCGGCGGCUGUGUGGAAGACUACACGGGAUCGCUGACAUUAAAAAUUAAGCGUGGCUUUUGAGGAAGAUGUGACAACUACCGGAGGUCUUUCUGCCACUCCCCCAGGACUUCCACUGUAAGGAAAGGAGCUGCAGGACCAACAUCCUCUAAGAUGUUUAUAUGGACCAGUGGCCGGACCUCUUCAUCUUACAGACACGACGAGAAAAGAAAUAUCUACCAGAAAAUCAGGGACCAUGACCUCCUGGACAAAAGGAAAACUGUGACCGCUCUGAAGGCUGGAGAGGACCGGGCCAUCCUGCUUGGACUGGCCAUGAUGGUGUGCUCUAUCAUGAUGUACUUCCUGCUGGGCAUCACACUGCUGCGCUCCUACAUGCAGAGUGUGUGGACGGAAGAAGCCCAGUGCACCCUGCUGAAUGUGUCAAUCACAGAAACAUUUAACUGUUCCUUCAGCUGUGGGCCCGACUGUUGGAAGCUCUCUCAGUACCCUUGCCUGCAGGUGUAUGUGAACCUGACAUCUUCUGGGGAGAAGCUCCUCCUCUACCACACGGAAGAGACCAUGAAGAUCAAUCAAAAGUGCUCCUAUAUUCCUAAGUGUGGAAACAAUUUUGAGGAGUCCAUGUCCCUUGUGAGUGUCGUCAUGGAAAACUUCAGGAGACACCAACACUUCCCCUGCUAUUCUGACCCAGAAGGAAACCAGAAGAGUGUCAUCCUGACCAAACUCUACAGCUCCAACGUGCUGUUCCAUUCUCUCUUCUGGCCAACUUGUAUGAUGGCUGGGGGUGUGGCAAUCGUUGCUAUGGUGAAACUAACUCAGUACCUCUCCCUGCUUUGUGAGAGGAUCCAACGGAUCAACAGAUAA